UUCAUCACUCUUCUCUCUCCGAGAAGGAAGGAAGAGUAAGAGCUUCCCCCCGCAUUGUCUCAGAUUCUGAAAAUAUCCUUUUUGAGAUUUUCUCGGGACUGCCAGUCUAGGGGUAGCCAGUGACGAUGUUGAACCUGGUUGAGCCUUCGUGGCGCCUUCUGGCGGCUAGCGGCGGAGACACGGUUAAGCUAUUCGACGUGUUGGCCGAUUCCGGUGAUCCCUGCGUCUUGAGCUAUACUCCGACGCCUGGUUCCGCCGUGAACUCCGUCAAGUGGAAUCACACGAAUUUGGUGGUGGCGAGUGCGGGAGAUGAUAAGAAGAUAUCACUGUGGGGGAUUAAUGGGACUAGUUUAGGAACUGUUCCUGUUGCUGGCAAGGACGGUGGUGAUACUGCUGAGGAAUGUUUGUCGGCUAUUAGCUUCAGAAGAAAAGGGUCUAGGUCCAUAGCUUCUGGUGGAACUGGUCAAAUUGUUAAGAUAUGGGAUCUGCAAAAUAAGCUUUGUAUCAAGAAGCUGAGGGGUCAUACAAGUACGAUAACUGGCGUGAUGUACAAUUGCAAAGAUGAGCAUUUGGCUUCUGUCAGUGUUGGUGGGGAUCUCAUAGUUCAUAACCUUACAUCUGGAGCAAGGGCUAGCGAACUUAAAGAUCCACAUGGCCAGGUAUUGAGGGUGCUUGACUAUUCAAGGUCCAGUCGACACCUUCUACUUACUGCGGGUGAUGAUGGUACUGUGCAUCUGUGGGACACGACUGGUCGUAACCCAAAGAUGUCAUGGUUGAAGCAGCAUUCUGCACCAGCUGCGGGUGUUUGCUUCUCUCCAUCAAACGAUAAGAAAAUUGCUAGUGUGGGGAUGGACAAAAAGCUUUACACGUAUGACUCUGGAUCCAGAAAACCUUCGUCCUGCAUAUCUUAUGAGGCACCUUUCUCAUCUUUGGCGUUUGGGGAUAAUGGUCACAUUCUGGCAGCUGGAACCUGUAAUGGUAGAAUAGUCUUUUACGACGUUCGUGGAAAACCAGAACCUGUUACUGUCCUGCACGCUUACAGUAGUUCAGAGGCUGUAACAAGUUUAUCAUGGCAAACAUCAAAACCAGUUACUGUGAAUGAGAAAAACUGCACCGGUGAGAUGGCUCUUUUUGGUGGUACAGUGGAGGAUUCAGUUAUCAUUCCUGAUCCACUUCCGUCAACGACACCCUCAUCAGAUUCACAGCCGGCUUUGGUACCAGGUACUCGUGGAAUUGCCACUAGUACUGGGAACGCGUCAUCGGCAGAACAAACACCAAUGAGAACUCAUCUACGGCCUGGUGCGCCACUGGGCAGACUACAUGCACUUCGUGCCAGUGACAGUUUCAAUGAUGAUAUGAUGCGUGUGUUUUCCCCUAUCGAUGCUGCUUCAUCUGUUGAGAAAUGGGCUGAUAGUGAAGUAGAACUUAACAAUAAGGAUCAUUUAAUCGAUGACAAAAUGCCUUCCUCCUUUCUGUUUCCUUCAGCUAGCAAGGGAUUUCCAUUUAAGCAGGAUGACACGGAAGCUGUUGCUUUUUCUCCAUUCGGAACUACUACGCCAACAGCAUCAACCAAAAGUGAAGACUCUUCUGCCUUGACACCUCCAGAAUCAUGGGGUGGUGGUAGAUUAUCUGAUAAGUUCAACCAAUUGGCCACUGAGAAAGUCUCCACCCAUCUCCAUGCACCUUCACGUUUCGGGGUUGCAAGCACAAGUGGUAGUACAUCUGGAUCAACGUUCUCUAGCUCUCGAGAUUUUCCCUCGUCUCUUGGUCAGACAAACCUCGUCGGCUCAGAGUUCCCACGGAUCAGAGACUUCUCUUCAGCUUCCGAGAACUCACCUUCAAGCCCGUCGUUAGCAAAGCGCAUGACGGGUCCAGGUAACAUUGAAUCACUGAGGCUAUCACCAAGUUUUACUCGUAGGUACCCUUCUACGUAUGCUGAGAGAAUCAGCACCACUCCUUCCUUCAGUGACGGGACCUCUCUCUCUACGGGUGGUUCACCCAAGAUAAAGAAAACAGGAGAGGAAGUCUUAAGUAAUCUGUUGCCAAUACCUGAUAUGGUGGCUUCAACAGAAGCUCUUCCGAUUAUGAAUCAGGGAGGAAACAUGAAACAGUUUCAAAAUGAUCAACAGCAAGUGGUGGGUGGCAACAAUUUCACACUUCAGCUGUUUCAAAGAACACUGGAAGGAACUCUUGAUUCAUUCCAAAACUCCGUUCAUGACGACAUGAGAAACCUCCACAUCGAGAUCCUCAGACAGUUCCACAUGCACGAGAUGGAGAUGUCGAAGGUAUUAAGCUCGGUUCUGGAGAACCAGGCGGAGCUAAUGAAGGAGUUACAAUUGUUGCGCAAAGAGAACCAACAGCUUCGGCAAAGGCUUUAGAGGAGACCGUUGUGAGUGUUUUUUUUUCUUCGUUUUGAAGUUAAACAAAUUCGAAUUUGAUAUAAUAUAUGAAUGGUGCUGGAAAACAAAGGUUGGUCAUUUCAUUAUGUUUCUUUGUAAUCGAUUAGGCAUAUAAAUGAAAAACCUUUAAUUCAAAGAAAAUAGCAAACAAGAUGACAGAGAAAUAUAGUUUUCAAUUGGUUUA